AUGGUAAUUUCAAAAAAACACACACAAGUUAUAAACAUACUAGUUAACAACAAUCUAGUUGAACAAGUGAAAAAGUUUAAGUAUUUAGGCCAUUGGAUACAUGAAACCUUAGACCAAGAACAAGAGAAAUGUAGAAUAGAACAGGCAAGAAACAGCUUCUUAAAGAUGCGACAGUUACUCACUACCCGUAAUCUUGAUUUGUCCCUGCGAUACCGCAUGAUAAAGUGUUAUGUAUAUAGUGUACUAUUACACGGCGUGGAAGCUUGGACAUUAACAGUCAGCUCGUUACGACAUUUAGAGAGCUUUGAGAUGUGGGUAUUUCGUCGUAUGCUAAAAACUUCGUGGACCGACCGCGUUAGAAAUGAAGAAGUUUUAAGGCGUAUGAAUAGAGAACGUGAACCCACCGAAAUUGUCAAGAAGCGUAAAACGUCUUAUCUUGGACACAUAUUUAGACACGACAGGUAUAACUUCCUUCAGCUUAUUAUAGAAGGGAAAAUAUAAGGCAGACGCGGUCCGGGUAGACGACAAAUGACCUGGCUACGCAACAUCAAAGAUUGGACAGGAUUAGACUUUAUAAGGAAAGCCCAAAAUAGGGAAGACUUUGUAAAGGUCAUCGCCAAACUUCGCUAA